AUGGUUAACACGCGAUCACAUCUUCCUCCUGCAAGCUCAUCCGCUCACGUCCCUCAUCCUGUCGAAAAUCAACCGGCUCCUCAUGAAGAAUCCUCAGGAGUGCCCGCACCUCUGUCUGCGGUCAUCACAACCAAAACCUUUGAAGAGCUCCGUCAACUGUUAAGUCAAAGAAAUUCACAUCCGUCGCCAGGGCAGGCGGAGCAUGGCGGUUUUAUGGCCGAUGCUCGAGCACGACCACCAAACCUCGCAAAUGGUGGAGUAGGAACCUCAGGUAUUCAUAAUAUGGCCUCGGGCUCAAGAUUGGUCGCCAUGGAUUUCGGUGAAAUUGCCCGGAUCAUUCAAGAAGGAAUUACAGCUAGCCUGCAACGUAAUGCUCAGGGGCCAACAGGUUUCACCCCUAACACUCCAUUCACACCAGAGAUAUUAUUAUAUUCCUUGCCCGAUAGAUUCAAAUAUCCUCGCAUUAAAGAGUAUGAUGGGACGACCGACCCCAUCAACCAUCUCAAUGUAUACACUGAUGUCAUGAACUUGCAAGUUGCGCCAGAUCAGGUUAUGUAUUUGGCUGAUAAGUUCUCAGCCUUCUUUGCAAGUAGCAAGCGAAUCAGGAAGACCGCGGCCUCUCUCAUGCAACUUCGCCUAGGACCGACUGAAACCCUGCGAGGAUUUAUGACAAGGUUCAACAAGGAAAGGCUUCAAAUACCCGACCUCCACAUCACAGUAGCUAUCUCCGCCCUCACUUACGUCGUAAGAUGUGAAGCUUUCAAGAUGUCUUUAUCAAAGAACCCGCCGCAAACAGUGACCAAGCUCCUCACCCGAGCUGAAAAAUACAUUAAUAUGGAGGAAACACUAAAUCCAAGGAGACCUGGUCCUUCCCAUGAAAAGACCGAGAACAAAAGGCAACAUGAUCCCGUCCCCCGGCAUGAGUUUCCCUGGGAUAAGCGAAGGAACGAGGCGCUAUCAGCACCUCUCACUCGGUUGAACACCUCUAAGGCAAUCAUUUUGAUGGAGGUUAAGGAUAUGAAAGAAUUAAAGUGGCCUUCAAAGAUGAAGUCACCCCCUAACACAAGAGAUAGGAGCAAAGGAUUUUUAAAGAAUUACAUUGGUCCUGAUAAACGGCCAAGGAAUGACCGUGACAAUCGGAAAGAGCCUGGGGCUGGAAGCAGUUCUCAACCCACUGUCGAAACCAUUAAUAUUAUCGUCGGAGGUAUAGCGUCCGACGGAGACAGAAGUAGUGGGCAAAAGCAGUAUGCCCGCCAACAUGCUCAUACCCCAAGAGAAUCCAGUGAUGAAGUUAGAGACAUCACUUUUGGUGCAAGAGAUUUGGAAGGAAUAUCAUAUCCUCAUGAUGAUGCCUUGGUCGUUUCUGCAGUUGUGGCUAACUUCGAAGUAAGGAGGAUUCUAGUUGAUAAUGGGAGUGCCGCGAACAUAUUAUCGCAGGAGGCUUUCACCAAAAUGGGAAUCUCUCCCAAACAGCUUAAAGCAGUAAAAACCCCCCUACAAGGAUUUGGUGGUGGAAUCAUUAUCCCUGAAGGCAUCGUCGAGCUCCCGCUUACAUUAGGAGUUGGUAGUACACAAGUGACGGAGAUCACACCAUUCCAAGUGGUUAACACCCCAAUGGCCUACAACAUCAUUCUGGGAAGACCCCUACUGAACAAGAUCCAGGCUGUUGUGUCAACUUUCCACCUCGCCAUGAAGUUUCCCACAGGUCAUGGCAUCGGAGUAGUUCGAGGAGACCAAAUGGUGGCUAGACAGUGCUAUGUUACAAGCAUCUAA